CUCUCUCUCUCUCUGGUUCUUCUCCUCCAAUCUAGGGUUCCUUCGAAUUCUUCUUCUCCGAUUCUUUGGUCUUGCCGUUGUUGUUUCCUUUCUCAGAUCCUCACAUUACAUUUUUCUUUCUCUCUGUUUCGUUCGAUUUCGUCCGUUGAGUCUUGCGAUUUCGUUUGAAAAAAAUUGGUGGAUCUUGGAUCGUAGUUUUGUUUACCAUUUGAUUGAUCGGUUCAUCAUCUUGUUGAGAAGAUGACGAUUCCUAAUUCCGAUUUCAUGGUUGAGAACGGAGUCUGUGAUUUGCCGCUAUCUCCUGAGGAAGAGAAACGUAUCGUCUCGGAGCUGACUACCGAAUCGGAGAAUAAUUUGAAGGAAGGGAACGUUUACUUUGUCAUCUCUAAAAGGUGGUAUACAAGCUGGCAGAAAUAUGUUGAGCAGUCAACAGAUGAAUGUAUAAGUGGAGAGUCCUCUGAAGCUUCGAGGCCUGGACCGAUUGAUAACAAAGAUAUUAUUGAAAGUGAAAGCGACAUUAACGAUCCACAACUUCGUAGAUUGCUGGUGGAAGGGGAGGACUACGUGUUAGUUCCUCAAGAUGUUUGGAAAAGACUUGUUGAAUGGUAUAGCGGAGGUCCUCCGAUAGAAAGGAAGAUGAUCUGUCAAGGGUUUUACAGUAGGAGUUAUAAUGUAGAGGUUUACCCACUCUGCCUUAUGUUAACAGACGGACGCGAUGAAAGUAAAACUGUAAUACGGCUGGGAAAACAGGCCUCUGUAAGGGAACUUUAUGAGAAGGUUUGUGCUAUGACAGGUGUUGCGCAAGAAAAGGCACACAUCUGGGAUUACUUCGAUAAGAGGAAAAUCGGAAUCUUGUAUCCUUCGUCUAACAAGAGCCUGGAAGAGUCAAGGCUUCAGAUGGACCAAGAUAUUCUUCUUGAAGUUGAUGGGUCGUCUUCAUCUCAACAUGCUAUGAGCUCGACAGGAGAUGAGUUAGCUCUGGUACCUCUGGAACCUUCAAGGUCCCGUGUUACAAUUGCUGGGGGGCCUACCCUACCCAAUGGCAAUUCCACCACGUCCAAGUUUAGUCUCUUUCCGAGAAUAACUUCUGAAGAUGACGGUGGCGAUUCUUUUGGUAUUCUUGGAAAAGGAGAGAAGGGAGGAUUAGCAGGAUUGAGUAAUCUAGGAAAUACCUGCUUUAUGAAUAGCGCUCUUCAGUGUUUGGCCCACACACCUCCAAUUAUGGAAUACUUCUUGCAAGAUUACAGUGAGGACAUAAAUAGAGAUAAUCCUUUGGGAAUGUGUGGUGAGCUUGCUAUCGCAUUUGGUGAUUUGUUGAAGAACUUAUGGUCAUCAGGAAAGAAUGCAGUUGCACCACGCUCUUUUAAGACAAAAUUGGCUAGAUUUGCUCCACAGUUUAGUGGUUACAAUCAGCAUGAUUCUCAAGAACUGCUCGCUUUCUUAUUGGAUGGGCUGCACGAAGAUUUAAAUAAGGUAAAACGAAAACCUUAUAUCGAACUUAAAGAUUCUGACAAUCGUCCGGAUGAUGAAGUGGCUGAAGAGCUUUGGGGUUAUCAUCAGGCCCGAAAUGAUUCUGUAAUAGUUAACGUCUGUCAAGGCCAAUACAAGUCAACUCUGGUUUGUCCAGUUUGCGGAAAAAUAUCAAUCACUUUUGAUCCCUUCAUGUACUUGUCUAUACCUUUGCCAUCAACACUUACACGACCAAUGACAGUUACAGUGUUUUAUUGUGAUGGAAGUCGUCUUCCGAUGCCAUACACUGUGACAGUACCUAAACAUGGAUCUUGUAGAGAUCUCAUUACUGCAUUAGGCACUGCUUGCUGCUUAGCCAAUGAUGAAAGCCUUUUACUUGCAGAGGUAUAUGAUCACAAGAUAUUUAGAUAUUUUGAGAAUCCCUUGGAAUCACUGAGUGUGAUAAAAGAUGAUGAGCACAUUGUGGCUUAUCGGUUGAAUCAGAUGCUGAAAGGAUCAGGGAAAGCAAAACUUGAAAUUCUUCAUGGAGGGCAGGAGAGGGCUGUUGUGGAGAGUGUUAGAGGCAGAGACGUCAAGCUGUUUGGAACUCCUUUUGUGACUUAUGUGAACACAGAACCACUAAGUGGAACUGACAUUGAUGCAGUUAUCUCUAGAUUUCUGUCACCUCUGCACAGGGUCCAUGCCCCAUCUAAUAUUCAUAACGGAAAUGACAACGGCCACCCUACUGAUGCUACUGCUGACGAAACAUCCAAAAUUUUAUCAUCCCCAGAAAUCGAGAUAGACGAUGCAUCUGAUCGAGAAUUAUCCUUCAGGGUAUUCUUGACAGAUGAACGUGGAUCGAACUUUAAACCACUUCAGUCUGAAUCUUCUGUGAGCCCUGGUACCAUUACAAGAGUUUUAGUCGAAUGGAAUGAGGGUGAGCAUGAAAAAUAUGAUUCUACCUAUUUGAGUGAUCUUCCUGAGGUUCACAAAACAAGUUUCUCUGCAAAGAAGACAAGGCAAGAAGCUAUAUCCCUGUUUUCGUGUUUGGAGGCCUUUUUAGCAGAAGAACCUCUGGGACCGGAUGACAUGUGGUUUUGUCCAAGCUGCAAAGAACACAGACAAGCAAACAAAAAACUAGACCUGUGGAAAUUGCCAGAUAUUCUUGUGUUCCAUUUAAAACGGUUCACGUAUAGCAGAUAUCUCAAGAACAAGAUUGAUACCUUUGUGAAUUUCCCAAUUCACGAUUUAGACUUGAGCAAGUACGUGAAAAACAAGAAUGGCCAGUCAUAUCUGUAUGAGCUAUAUGCCAUUAGUAAUCAUUACGGUGGACUUGGUGGUGGUCACUACACAGCCUACGCUAAGUUGAUUGAUGACAACAAAUGGUAUCAUUUCGACGACAGUCGUGUUUCAUCUGCAAAUGAAUCUGAAAUCAAAAGCUCAGCUGCAUAUGUUCUUUUCUACCGAAGAGUAAGAAGUGAAACUGAGACACAAACAGCUGAGAUGUCGAGUGAUAUGGAUUAGUCAUAUGCCUAAGUUCUUAUAAUGGACAAAGCACGACGUCGAUGCAUUUUUCUCAGAGAUGCAUUGGUCUCCUCUCUCUGUCUCUCUCAUGUCAGGUGAUAACACCUCUAUUCUUUCUUGAUUUGAAGUUGGCGGUUCUGCUUCAGGUUUUAUGAUGUUUUUUUUGGCAUAUCUAAGGAAAGGUGGGAUUUAGGUUCGGAAGAUUGUUUGAUUAGUGAGUUUUGUUCGGUGAAAGGUUUAAGUUUUUUUUCGGGUAGUAAAUGAAGCGAUGAACAGCUUUAGAAGUGUAGAGAUUUGUGGAAGUAGCCUUUGUUGUGAAUUGUGAUGUUCAACACCACAUAUAAUUUUUGUCCUUUUGAUGUUGAAUUGAUGAUAUAUAAAUAUAAUAGAAGCUUCCCUUUCAAUACAUGUGUUCUUUUCUUUAAGCUUAAAAAUCUGAUCUAUUUGAGUAUCUUUAAUAUCUUAUCUAGUGAGAGUUGGAAUAAAAGACACAACCCAUGUGUGGUUGAGGAUGACCAU